ACUGAAGCAGAAGGUACCCAGGUGACAGUUGACAUCUAUGAGAGGGAAGCAGCCAUCGAGAUAGACUACAGCUCUCUAAGAGACGAUCUGAAGGCUCUACAAACUGAUAAGGAAGUGGAGGCCCACCUGAGACUCCUGCUGCAACAGGUGGCAUCCCAGGAAGACAUCCUCUUGAAGACUGCGGCCCCAAACCUGAGAGCCCUGGAGAACCUAAAGACGGUCAGAGACAGGUUUCAGGAGUCCACAGAUGCUUUUGAGGCCAGCAGAAAGGAAGCCAGAAUGUGUAGGCAAGAGUUUGAACAGGUGAAAAAAAGGAGAUACGACCUUUUCAGCCAGUGUUUUGAGCACGUCUCGAUCUCAAUUGAUCAAAUCUACAAGAAGCUCUGCAGAAACGUCAGUGCCCAAGCGUUUCUUAGCCCAGAGAACCCAGAAGAGCCUUACCUAGAGGGAAUUAGCUAUAACUGUGUGGCUCCAGGCAAACGGUUCAUGCCAAUGGACAAUCUGUCAGGGGGAGAAAGGUGUGUGGCUGCAUUAGCCCUCCUGUUCGCCGUGCACAGUUUUCGGCCUGCUCCAUUCUUUGUGUUAGAUGAAGUGGAUGCAGCUCUGGACAACACGAACAUUGGCAAGGUCUCAAGUUACAUCAAAGAGCAGACGCGAGAGCAGUUUCAGAUGAUAAUCAUUUCCCUAAAAGAGGAGUUCUAUUCCAAAGCCGAUGCACUGAUAGGCGUCUAUCCAGAGCAAGAUGACUGCAUGUUCAGCCGAGUUUUGACCCUGGAUCUUUCUCAGUAUCCAGACACCGAAGACCAAGAAAGCAGCAAAAGAAACUGAGAGUUGCGUUAGGACCGUGAGUGACCCCGAGCCAACAGGACAGUCGGGCAGGUCAGGGUCACCAGUGCUUAGUCCUUGCUCCUGAACAACCAAGUGCGGGAGCAGUUGAGCGGCCAGUGCCACUGCGACCUCCCAGAUGCUGGAGCUCGCUUCCGUCCACGUUCAGGCCCCUUAGCGUUGCAUGGGUUAAUUUCAACUGCCAUUUUGAAAGCCAGUCAGAAAAAUGUUGAAUUCUGCAUUAUUUUCACUCAGGUCUUGCCUUGUAUGCUUAAGUAAUCUUUAAGAGAAACUCUUGGUUCUCAAACGUACUAGUUACAGGGCAUAGAACCUGGAUUUUAUAGGAAGUUAUUUCAGAGGAUGUUAUCAAUAUUGAAAAUAUCAAUAAAGAAUAUUCUAAUUUCAGAUGUCUCCAAACUACAAUUAUAGAAACAACAACAACAAAAUAUUUUAAGGUGAAACUGAAUU